AUGCCGACAAGCACACCUUUGCACACCAGCACAAGCAACACUCAAGCAGAUGAAACAGCCGCCGAUACUGAAGUGAAUGAUGAAAAUGAUGACAAAGCACAAGGGGAUGCAGAAGAUGGGCAAUCAGAAAUCAUGGUACCUAAGCCACCGUAUGUUGGGCAGAGAUUUGAUUCAUUUGAAGAUGCAAAGGAAUUCUACCAGACAUAUGCAAAGUUCCAUGGGUUUGCGGUCAACACCGAAUACCAUAGAAAAAUUAAAAAAACUAACGAGUACAGCAGAGGUGAGAUGAGGUGCUACAGGGCACAAAGGAACAAGAAGGAUGGAGCAUGGUGGGUGGUCACUGAAUAUUUUGACGAGCACAACCACAAACUCAUAAAGAAGUUUGACCUGGUAAAAUUUCUGACCGCCCACAGAGGAUUCACCCCCCUUGAGAAGAAAUUCAUAAAGCUGCUACAUGAUUGUAACGUCGGUCCAUCAAGAAUGGUCCAGAUACCGUCCCUCAUCCACAGCAAAAAUGGGACUCUGAGUAGCAUGCCCUACAUACCAGCAGACGUCACAAACCUAAAGGCAAAGUACCGUAGAGAGAGCAGGUUGGCUGACAUAGAAGACAUGAUAGCCUACUUCGAUGAGAAAGCGAAGGAAGAUCCAGAUUUCUUCUAUAAGAUAAGAUUGGACGAUGAGGACCGUGUCAGGAACAUGUAUUGGGUGGAUGGAAUAAAUAACCACAAUCAGUCAUUGCAGUUCGGAUACGGGCUCGUUCGGAACAAAGACACAGAUGGGUACACUUGGCUGUUCAAGACCUUCUUGGAGUGCAUGGGUGGACUUGCUCCGAUGAACAUAAUAACAGACCAGGAUUUUAGCAUGCGUGCAGGCAUAGAGGAGGUCUUUCCGUUGGCAGUGCACAGGCACUGCAGGUGGCACAUUAUAAAGAAGGAUGAGGAGACGCUAGGACUGUUCUUUGCUGACGGUCCAGAUCUGCACAAGGCAUUCGAGCUGUGCGUGGACCACAGAUUGACGGUGGAGGAGUUUAAACGGAGCUGGACAGCUAUGAUUGAAACAUAUCAAGUCCAAGACCACGAGACGCUAGCUAGCCUGUGGGAGAAGCGAAUGUACUGGGUGCCAGCCUACUUCAUGCAGUGCUUCUUCCCAUUUCUGCAGACUGCACAGCGUAGCGAGGGGUUCAAUGCUGUUUUGAAGCGGUACGUGAGCCCUAGCAACUCAUUGCUACAGUUUGCCAAGCAGUACACAGCUUUGCAACAGAAAAUACUGGGAUCUGAGCUACAGCAAGAAGCAAACACCGCGCUCAAGCAGCCUAAAUUGCUAACAUAUUUACCAAUGGAGAGGCAGAUGAGCAAAACAUAUACCAACAAGAUUUUUAACAAGUAA